AUGUUGCCAGCAACACUCACAAUCAAAGCCAAGCGUCGCAGCAGCAGCAGCAACAACAAUAUUAACAUUAAUAGCAGCAGCAACAACAGCAGCAACAACAGCAGUAACAACAGCAGCACCAGUAGCAGCAACAAUAGCAGCAUUAAUAACUGCAGCAACAUUAACAGCAGCAGCAACAACAGUAGCAACUUUAACAGCAGUAGCAACAACACUGUCAGUAAUAAAAUGUCGCGCAUUAAAAGCGUUGCCACCUCGGUAAUUGUAUCGCCAACGGCUGCCGCCGCCGCCAACAAUGUUGCCACCACGCCCACCGAUGAUGUUGCUGACGCUGCCAAUGGGCUGUUAACAUGGAGUCGACGCGCUGCCGCCGCCAGCCAGCAACAACAGUUGCAGCAGCCAAUGUUGCUGCAAGUUUAA